AAGACAACAGUAAAGAUCAACAGUAGAGUAGUACCGUAACUUUUAAAAGCAAGUUUAACUCUUUCAGAUUCUAAUUAACAUUUUUCUUUUUUUUCUUUUCAUUUGUCUCAUAAUUUAUGCAAAGCGAGUUUUUUAAGUGCAUGUGCCUCUUAAAUAGAUAUUUUCUUAUAAGUAUGGAUCAAAAAAAGUUAGAAGAAGUUCAUAGCUGGUUUAUCGUAUUGAAAGUGGCGUGCUUUUUUUAUCUAGUCAGCAAAGCCGAAUGCUACAAUCUGGAUAUAGAGAAUCAUGUAAUUUUCAAUGGACCAAAGGGAUCUCUGUUUGGAUAUUCAGUUUUGCUACACAGUCAUGAAAAUCAGAAUUGGUUGUUAGUGGGAGCUCCAAUUGCUAAUUCAAGUAGUAACCAAGCCAUCGUCAACCCUGGUGCAAUUUUUAAGUGCAACAUCAAUGACAUCAAUCACUGUGAGCAGCUACCUGUCGGUAUUGAAGAAGACAAUUCUUGUGGAAGGCAUUGCCUAGCUGAAAAAGAUAAUCAAUGGCUUGGUGUUAGCUUAUCCAGACAAUCUGAAGAGGGAUAUAUUGUGGCUUGUGGACAUAGGUGGAAAAAUGUAUUUUAUAUGCAUAAAGAAAAUCAGCAUAAGUUGCCUCAUGGUAUUUGCUACAAAAUAAGCCCUGAUUUAACUUUCCAACAGACAUUGACUCCCUGCUACAAAGAUCAUCAGCGGAAAUUUGGUGAAAGCUAUGGUUCCUGUCAAGCUGGAAUAUCUAAUUAUCUGACAAAGGAUUUGAUUAUAAUGGGAGCUCCUGGAACGUUUUACUGGACUGGAUCUGUUUUAGUUUAUAAUAUGUCAAGCCGUUCUUUAUGGGCAUAUGUUGAUAAUGAAAACCAUGUCCUUUUUGGAAGCUAUUUAGGCUAUUCAGUAGGUGCUGGCCAUUUUAGCCAUCCAGAUUCCACUGAAUUUGUGGGAGGGGCUCCCCAGCAUGGGCAGACUGGUAAAGCAUACAUAUUAAGUUUUGGAUCGACAAGUACUUUGGAAAUUAUCUUUGAAUUAAGCGGCAAGAUGCUUGGAUCUUAUUUUGGAGCUUCCGUCUGUGCUGUUGACCUCAAUUCAGAUGGACUCUCAGACUUGCUUGUUGGUGCACCAAUGCACAGUACUGUUCGAGAGGAAGGGCGUGUUUACGUGUAUAUGAAUUUGGGCAAAGCUAAACUGCAAGAAUUGGAAUUUGAAUUAGUAGGAAGUGAUAUGUAUUCUGCGAGGUUUGGCGAAACCAUAACCAAUCUUGGAGAUAUUGAUGAUGAUGGAUUUCCAGAUGUGGCGAUUGGAGCUCCGCAGGAAGAAGAUCUUCAGGGAGCUAUUUAUAUCUACAAUGGAAGGAAGAGAGGGAUAUCACAGACCUUCUCUCAAAAAAUAACAGGAAGUAUAAUCGGUAAUGCCUUUAAGAUGUUUGGCCAGUCUGUAUCUGGACGCAUUGAUGUUGAUGGAAAUGGUUACCCAGAUGUUGCAGUUGGUGCCUUCCUGUCUGAUUCUGCCAUAGUACUAAGAACCCGUGCAGUGGUGAUUGUAGAAGUCUCCAUGAUUCUCCCUCCAUCUGUUAACCGUACAAAGCCGGCAUGCACUGAGAAUGGAAAACCUGCAGUCUGCAUGAAUGUCACACUGUGCUUUCAGAUCAAAGGCAGAUACAUUCCAGGAUAUAUAGGUCUCCUUUACAACCUAACUGCAGAUGUCCUCCGAAAAGAAGGAUUUCCUUACAGGUUUUAUUUUAUUGGAAAUGGGACCUCCAAUGGCACAUCAGGAAAAAUAAAUGCUUUGCACAACCGCAUGAGUUGUGUGACUCACCAAGCAUACAUGAGGAAAGAAGUCAGAGAUAUUUUUACCCCAAUUCAGUUUGAGGCAACCUACCAGCUGGGAGAACAUAAGGUGAAUAAAAGAGACUCCAGCCAUCUCCAAGAUCUCAAACCCAUCCUUCAACAGAGGGAGGGAGACAACAAUAUUGUCAGUAAUAAGACCAUGUUUGCACGAUACUGUGUCUGGCCAAACUGUUCCACAAAUCUGCGGGUUUCAGCAGGGCUUGUCUUACCACAGUCCCAUAAAGGCAAGUCGUAUUUUGCAUUAGGGAAUGGGAAGACUAUAAUGUUGAACGUGAGUCUGUUUAAUGCAGGAGAUGAUGCCUUCCAAGCUGCCCUCCAUAUAAGAUUCCCGAAUAUGCUGUAUUUUAUUAAAGUCUUAGAUUCGGAAGAGAAGCAUAUCAGCUGUGAAAUCACUGAACAAGAACAGCCAACAGUUGGACUGGACUGCAGUGUGGGGAAUCUGUACAUUAACUCUCUUACAAGGGUCAAUGUCAGUUUCUUAUUGGAUGUGAACAGAAACAGUAGUGCAGGGGACCUCACCAUCACAGUUAAUGCAACCAGUGACAAUGCAGAAGAUACAAACCUUCAACAUGACAACUUUGUGAGUCUAGUCUUACCAUUGAGAUAUGGAGUUGACUUAAAUGUCCAUGGGUUUGUUUCACCAUCCUUAUUUGUGUUCGGAGAGGAGAAGGAGGGUCCUUGCUAUUCUGAGAAGUUUAAUUACACGUUCAGUGUAAUUAAUGUUGGUCUGAGCAAAUCUCCAGAUACUAAGUUUAAAAUCAGUUUACCUAAUUCCUUGGCACCUCAUCCAUACCAAUUGUUCAACGCUUUGGAUAUCAGGAGCUCCCUUGGACAGUGUCAUCUCCUAAAUGUUAUUAACAAGACAGACGACGACAAGUGUGAUUUACCGAAGGCAACCUUUUUAGAGGAUGUGGUGUUCUUCUUUUCGAAAACAGGAAAAAGAUUUAUGUACUGUAUGGAAGAAGAUGAUUUAUGUUUAAAUAUUAUUUGUGAGUUUGGAGAAAUGGACAUUGGAAAGGAGGCUAUUGUUUACCUGGAAGUGGAGCUUAAUCCUUCUGUUUUAGAACUUUCUCCGGGAAGGGCGCCCGUAAUGCGGAUUCAAACAACAGCUACAGCUUUUCCUAAAAAUGAUCCUUAUAUCAUUAAAUUACAGGACAACCCUUUUACAACUAUUGUGUUGGAAGCACACCAUGACUACAAGCCAAGACAUGGUGUAGGACUGUUCAUUAUUUCAGGAAGCCUUCUUAUUGGGCUAGUGAUACUUGGACUGCUAACAUACAUUCUUUGGAAAGUGGGUUUCUUUAAGAGAAAAUUUACAACAGAGAAAGAACAGCAACGUCGAGAAAGCUGGGACUACGUAGACAAGAUUAAAGAUGAUUAUUGACACAACGAGAUUUUUAAAUGGUAGCGAACACCUGGAUAGGAAGAAGCAAAUCAAGCUACAAUGAAGAAAAUAAGCAAAAACCUUCACAUCAACAAAAAAGGAGAACAAAUAAAUUUGCUGCCAUAGGAUCUUUUUUUUAAUAGGACUAGGAUUUCAAGCAAACCCAUUUAUCUUCAAAUUCCAGGAAUACAGUAUGUUCACUGUCGAAUAAACCAUCAUAUUCCACAAAAAUAAACGACAUAAUAAUAUGGUGAGACCAACAAAGACAAGGAAAAAUAAUUAUACAUAGCUUGUGAAAUCAAAUUUAUGUUUUUGUCAGCAGGACAAAUUAAAUGCACUUUAGCUCUUAUAUACGUUAGAAUAUAUUCACUAUACAUCAUCAAAAGAUCAUACAAUUAUACUAUACCUCAUGAGAUGAAAAUCUAAAAUGGAAUAUGUGAAAAUAACAUUUCAGUUUAAUAAGUGGUAAUAAAUUUAAUUGUGCCUGCUGUAUAAAAAUGCACUGCUGUUGAACCUGUUUAUAAAAGUGUUUCCUACACAUAUUUUAUAUUUAUAUAUAUAUAUUUGAUGAUAGAUAAGUCAGGUUUUUUAAAAGAUUGACCCUUUCAUUUCUUCUUGAUAAUUUCUUUAAAUUGAACUGUAAGGUUUUAAAUCUGAAAAAAUGGUGCCUUUUAGUCUUGCAGAUGCAUUGUAGGAAAAAAUAAAGAGGUACUCACUCAAUUGAAAUGAUCAAAUUAGUUAUGAAAAACAUGCAAUUACAAAAUAAUGUUCACUUUUAAACUUUGAUCAUUUAAUUAAAAAAAAAUUACAGUAAUUGCUUUAAGAGAUUAAAGCCAUUGUCCUCAUAUACAUAAUUAUUAAAGGUAAGAUAGCCACAAUUAAUUACAUUUCAAACUUAUUUUCAGGAAUUAAAAAUUCAGCAUUAAACUCUAUUACUUAGACAAUUGUUUGUUUAUGUAGUUAUACAAGGUUAAUCCAGAAGACACUAACAGAUUGAUAGACUCGAUGUGCAUGCACAAUAAUGGCAAACUAUAUGAACUGGAUUAAAAACAUAACAGAUAUUUGUUCCAGUCUGUUCAAAAAGUGGCAAGUGUUUUGCAAUGCAAAGUUUUAUCAAGAUAAAUAUCACACACAUGACAGUCUCUCGUUUAAUAACAUUUAAAAAGAAAUCUAAGUUCCCAGAAAUGCUCCAGUAAAUGAAGGUAAAGAACAUUUUCCCUUUUGUAUCUUAUAAGGAUCCUAAAGUAUACCAUGGUUUAAUGGGGUAAAAACAGACAAGUUAUAGACCUGGUAAAAUAUUUAAAUUAUAGUUUAAUCAUUAAUCGGGGUCAAUAGAAUUCAAUUAGGCAAACAAUUAUUGUACAGUAUACCAAAAUCAAAUAAAGGUAUUUUGUUUUGUAAUGUACUGUACAGAACUAUUUGACUUGAAUAAUGUACUAUAGUAAUCUAGUGUGCACAACUACAGUUGAAUUAUAGUUUACUACAGGUUCACCAUGCCUUAGUACAUGUUGCUGAAUGCUGCAGAAAAGGAGAUAACAGAAAAAAUGAACUGUAUAACAGCAUGAAUAUUUUAAAAAUGUAUUUGUUUAGAAUCAAAAUUAUGAAGUGAUAUCCAAAGUAUAGGAAUUUGUAAAAGAUGAAGUAAAGCAUUUUUUGUGCAGUGACCAUAAUUGACCACAGUUUAUCAUUACCCUAGUAAUGAAUUCAACAUUAAUGUUUUAUAAUUAUCUUUGCUUAUAUACUGUAGGUUUUGUUUUAUGGGAUAUUAUUCUUAAACAAACUCAGGUUACAAUGAACAGGCAGUUGGACUAGUGUGAAACUAAAUAACAACUUCUCAGUAUUUUACAGUUCAGGACAUGUUCUACUACAAGUAUAGUUAACAUUAUUGUUUAAAAAAA